CGACACCAUGGCCUUCCUACCAGGGAUCCCGAAUAACCACCCUUUGCCGACUUCCUUUGUUCCUGUUGCUGUGGCAGCUCCUCCACGCAAUUCGCAGAUGAACUUUGCUCUUCAUUGGCCAGAGCAGGCAGUCAAAGAGGCGAUCGAGAAAGGUCGUGCCUUUAAAGUAACAUUUCGCGUGAACGCAUAUGACCGGAAAGAGGCCUUCUGUACCGUCAACGGUCUCCCGGUGGACGUUCUCAUUAGUGGAGCUGAUGCACAAAACAGAGCGAUAGAAGGUGAUGUGGUUGCUGUGAUGUUGGAUCCUGUUGUGUACUGGACCAAGUUGAGAGGAUCGAAUGAUGCUCUGAUCUCCAAGGCAUCAACCGAUUCAACUAAGAACAGGGACUCGGGAGAAGCUGCAAGAGCUUUGGGGCGAAUACGUGCUACGUUGAGUUGCAAUCCAUCGAAGCGACCAAAUGGGAGAGUCUUGUCUAUCAUCAGAAGCUCUCCUCGUCGUGAAGCAGUGAUUGGACUUCUUGCUACGAAUCCAUGGUUUCCUGAAGGAGAAGAAUAUGAAAGAGAGUUGGAUUACAUACAA